AUGCAAGACCUGUCUGUGACUAGAAAGGCUGUUGAAAGUGACUCUGCAGCUCUUCUUGCUGUCUCAGAAGAAAAAGAAGAAUUUAUUUAUUCAAGACUGAAAGCCAAGGGUGUGGAAAUGAGAAAUGAAACAGGUCAGAAAGCAACACUGAAUGCAGAGGAAAUGGCUGACUUUUACAAGGACUUUCUAAGUAAAAAUUUUAGAAAGCAUAUGCAGUAUAACAGAGAUUGGUAUAAACGUAACUUUACUAUCACAUUCCUCAUGGGACAAGUAGCACUGGAGAGAGCUCUGAGGAGGCUUCGUUGGAAAAAGAAAAAUGUUGGAAAUUAA